ACAAGAAAUGGCUCUCCAUCACCAUGAAAGGUUAAGCACUUCAGUCAAAGUACUAUAUAUACACAGUGUAUUCGUAGCACCAUGCAUAUCCAGUAAGGAAAUUCACAUACUCACUUUUUAUCCAAAAGUUUGAUCAUCAUGAGUAGCUUUACAGAAGAACAAGAAGCUCUGGUUCUCAAGUCAUGGGAUUCCAUGAAAAAGAAUGCCGGAGAAUGGGGUCUCAAACUCUUUCUCAAGAUAUUUGAGAUUGCACCAUCGGCCAAGAAAUUGUUCUCAUUCCUCAAAGAUUCAAAUGUGCCCUUGGAGCAAAAUGCCAAACUCAAGCCUCAUGCUAAGUCUGUCUUUGUUAUGACUUGUGAAGCCGCAGUUCAACUUAGAAAAGCAGGAAAAGUAGUGGUGAGGGAUUCGACUCUCAAAAAGUUGGGUGCUGCGCACUUCAAAUACGGCGUCGCUGAUGAGCACUUUGAGGUAACAAAGUUUGCCUUGUUGGAGACAAUCAAAGAAGCUGUUCCAGAUAUGUGGAGCGUUGAUAUGAAGAAUGCGUGGGGUGAGGCCUUUGAUCAGUUGGUCAAUGGUAUCAAGACCGAGAUGAAGUAGAGUUCUUCAUCCUAUGCUACAAAGUUGAAUGCAAACACAUACUAAUAGUAUUUCUUUCUUCAAGUUUUCAUCAAAAUGUAAUACGUAGUUCCUAUGAGGUUAUGUCUUUCGUGUAUGUGUAUGGAUUACAUUUUUCUAAAAGAGGAAGGUCAUACGCCCAUGUCGGUGAUGUUACGAGAAGUACUUGGUUUCAACUCCUCUUAAACUUAUAGAGUUGGGAAACAAUACCCCUCACCUUUAAAAUGGAAAGGAAAUUCCCUUUAACUCAAAAGUCAACCAAAAAAAAAAAAUAAAUUGGUCCGUGUAAGAAUUUACAAAAUGAUAUUAUCCCCGUAUUAUGACU